CUUUUCGGUUUUUAAAAAAUCUAUUUAUUCUCCUUUAAAUCCAUCCCCGGAUCGAUGCUGGUGCCAAACUAAAUUUCAACAGUUCCUUUUGUGAAAAAAAUUUCUCUCACUCCUUCUCCUUCGUCUCUUUUAAAGUUUCAAUUUCCGAGCUUCGUUGGCUUCACGACGAGCUUCGCUCUCUCCACCUAAAAUGGCGACUGAAACUCCUCCUUCUCUUCCUCCGUACCCAGAGAUGAUAAUGAAAGCUCUGGAGGCUCUGAACGAACCCAAUGGUUCGAACAAAUCGUCGAUCGCGAAGCACAUAGAGACCACCUACAGCGACUUGCCGGCGACCCACUCCACGUUGCUGUCUCACCAUCUGAACAGGAUGAAGGACGCCGGGGAGCUUGUGUUCGCCAAGAACAACUACAUGAAACCCGACCCGAAUGCUCCACCCAAGAGAGGCCGGGGCAGGCCACCCAAGGCCAAGGCUCCACUGCCUCCGGGUACCGUACUUUCUCCGCCCCGACCCAGAGGCCGUCCACCCAAGGACCCGAAUGCCUCGUCCAAGCCCAAAACCUCAACCGGCAGCGGCAGGCCCAGAGGAAGGCCCAAGAAGGUGGCCCGAACUUCACCGGAAACUGGGCCAGUUGUGAGUCGGGGCAGAGGCCGGCCGCCGAAGGAGAAGCCCACUCUGACGGAAGUGAGCGUUGAACAAUAGGCUUAUGAAUUAGGGGUAGUGUUCUUUUUUUUCUCCUUUUUCCUUUAUUCUUCUUUCUCUCGCUGUGGUGAAGUGGAUGUGGUAGUUUGUGUUGGUGUAAUUGUGGUGUAAAAUUUGUGUAGCCGUAGUGUAGUUUUAGUGGGAGUUCGCUGAUGAAGAGGCAUCCUUGUUGGUUUUCUAAUUAUCAUAGACGAGAAAAUGACUUGAUUUAAUGAUAUCAUUCUGGGUUCUAAUUUCUAA